CGGAAAAUAGCCAUUUUCUGAACACACUGGUAGAACAAGCGAUGACCUGGGUUGACAACUAUUCGCGUCAGCCAUUGCUUGUACCAUUAACAUGUUGGAUCGCGCCGCCAGUCAUGAAAAGAUGUCGGACAUUCACAAUUAAAGACUGGAAGGCUGGCCAGACAGUACUGACGCCCACAUUCAAUCAUCAGCACGUUCUCAUCUCCGGAAAUCAAUUGGCUGUUGGUGUGAUAUACAUGUACCACGUUGCUGCCCAUGCACUUAUGACAACCUUCAACGGGCACACUGGAGCAGUUACAUCAUUGUCAUGUAGCACCAAUGGCACAUUUUUCGUGAGUACCUCGGCAGAUAAAACUGUUCGGAUUUGGAACCUCAUAAAUGUCAUCGAUGUUGAAAGUGGCGAAGUCCUGCGGUCAUUCAUGGAACACACUGGUAGUGUUGUGUCAUUACAGCUCACUGUCAACAAUGAAUUUCUCAUCACAGGAUCUGGUGAUUUCAUCGUACAAAUGUGGAGUUUGGAAACGGGUUGUUGUAUAUCACGAAUGGGAGGUCUGAUGGCUCCUGUUAGUUGCAUUUCAUUAACAUCAAAUGAUGCGUUCGUUGUGGUCGCUUGUGAGGAUGAAACGCUGCGGGUAUUCUCGACAGUAGCUGGUCAUGAACUUCAUGAACUAAUAGGCCACGAAGGGCGGGUCAAUGCGUUGGCUUGUGCUCAAGAUGACUGCCAACUGUUUGCCGCUACCAAGACGAAAAUCUACUGCUACGAUAUACAUAAUGGCAAAAUCGUCGAUGUUCUAGAUUGUCUACUACCAUUUGCUGUUUACAACAUCAAGAUUUCUUCCGAUAACUAUUUUCUGUUCUCCGGAUGUGGUCCUCGUGUAGACAUAUGGAAUAUUCAGCAACGUAAUCACGACGCUCCUGAUGCUGCUAAUCAUAUGGAAUUCGUUACUGCCAUUGCACUUAGCAGUGAUAACAAGGUAGCGGCUUGUGGUACAUAUAAUGGUAUAGUGGCUAUAUGGGAUCUAGACGUCUGUCAGUGCUUAUCAACGGUUCCUCAAUGUAAAGGUGUUCACGUGUCAUGUUUGGUGUUCUCUCCUAAUCAAGCUUUUCUUCUUAGCGGCAAUGCCGUUGGCAGCAUUAGCGUUUUCGAAUGCUCCUCAGGCACUUUAUACCAAACAUUUAACGUGAUGAUGUCUCAAGGUGUGGUACCGCCGAUUUUUGCUCCUCCCAGUGGUAAGCUCGUGGUUGCACACAGUUCAAAAAACUCGAAAGAACUGAAAGUAUGGACUCUUGGAGAGGAGGGACCGGUGCUGAGAAGCACACUAUCUCAUAAUGAGACAAUUACCUGCUUCAGUGCGACAAUGCUCGGUUCUCUCGUCGUCACUGUUGAAAACGAUUUUCGCGUUUGGAUUUCGUUUCUUUCAUUUGAGUGUAGAGAAAUCCAGCAUUUUUUUAAAGGUUCACGCGAUCAGUCAUGCAAACUGUGGCAGAUAGACACCGGAUAUCUUACACAGGUCUUGGUUGGACACGAAGAUACAGUAACGUGUGUGGCGUUAGCUGAAGAUGAACGGAUCGCGUUCUCUGGAGCAGCGGAUAAAAAGCUAGUGAAAAUGGUUGGUUGGAAGCGUGGUCAACAGAGAAAGGAACUCUAUUGUCAUCAUUCAACGCGCAUCGACCGAUUUGUAAAGUGA